CCGGCUGAGACGAACAAAGAAUAACCAAACUUAAACCCGUUAAAGAAAUCAUACCUUUCCCAGCGUUUGGCUCUUGAAUAUGGGCACCUUAAAUAUUGUGAAUAGAAACGUCUAGGAAUAUUAUGGAACAUUAAUAAAAUUUUAUUCAUAAAGAUAUUUUACAGGUUAGUGCAUCUUUUUAAAUCGUGCUGUUGGUUGAUAUAUUGGGUUGUUAAAUUAACAUGCGCAAUGGCGUCGGUCUGAAAUCGCGUAGAUUCUCCAUAUUGUGUCGUGACGAUUGUGUCGAAACUUGGAAGUGUGUAUCGCGAUGAACAGAAAAACGUUUAAAUGAGAACUAAUACUAAAAUGUAUUAUUUACGUGUACAAAUUUCGAUACAUUAAUGGUGGAAAUAUACAUUAUCAUUUUAUUAUCGUACCUAAUAAGUACCUAGUCAAAUUAGGUACUUACAUCAUACAUCAGUGGAAGACAUAGGACUUGUGGAAAACGUUUUGAAAUUGUUUUUAAUACGAUAGAUACCUAGCGACCCUGUACAAAGUCUAAGUACUAAACAGGUUUAUAAUGUAUGAGGUAUAAGCACAAUCAACGAUAAAAGAAACUUGAAAUUUAGCUAUCUAUUUAUUAACCAUUGUGUACUAGUAACCUAUAGGUACUUAUCUAUAAUGUAAGUGCAGAGUGCAGGCGUCUUAUAAUAAGAAUUUUCCUGCAUACUUUUAAACUAAAUAGGUAAUACUACAAAGGUCUGAUGUAGCGUUUACAUAACCUUUGUACAGAGAUUGCCUGACGAUCAUUAUUCAAUUUUGUGCAAUAGGUAUCAAAAAUUUUACCUAAUUACGUAUGAUUUCGGGGUGAUAUGUCGAGUUUUUAAUACAUUUGAAUCGAAGUUAGAAGUGUGUGUUCAGUGUUUUAUUUUAUUGAUAAUAAUAUAAUUAAACUUCAAAAAAACAAACCUGCUUCCUGAAUCAUCAGAAAAAAUGGCAGAUGCUGACUUUCAAGACAAAUGUAUUCAAUUGAAUAAUUAUAAAAAUCGGCGAAAUGGCUUCGGCUUACGAGAAGAAAUUCGCGGAGAUGAAGAAGUACAUUCCGUUUCUGGAGAGCAUGAUUAAAAGGCUCGAAAGUACGAAUGCCCUGUCCGCGAAUCCUAGACAAGCUCAGUUGGACAAAAUAAGGUCGCUGAGGGACCUUUUGAUGGAUAAAAACAAAAGGAUGAAGAUGGAAAACUUGUUAAAAUGUGAACAGGUUUUGAUUAAUCUGUACUCAAAAGUGGAACAGAAAGCUUCCGUGCCAAAGGAAAAGCUUCCAGAAUCACAGUCUCCUAAUUCGUCUAAAGAGAAUUUUGAUUCCGCAAGAUCUAAACUCAAAACACUAUCGAGUAAACUUUUAAAGGAUACUGACACCCUACCGGAAAUAGCAAGAGCUAGUGAAAUUGAAGAAGUCUGUACACCAGGAAGUAAAGAACCAGCUCUUUUCCAAAGACGACCAAAUAAACAUUCUCCAUCUCCUACUACUUCUCAAGAAAACAUGUCUAUGUCACCACAUAUGUCAAAAAGCAAAAAAAAAUAUACUCGAAUAUUGGUAUCACCUGAUUCUAGUCCACGGAGAAGAAAUGAUAAAUCUCUAAAUAAAGAAAACGCGAUGUACACACGAAGGUCUCCACGCAGAUCGCCGAAGAGACCACAUUCACCAGUCAAUAAAAAGAGUGACCGGAGUAAGUCGCCUAAAGGAAGUAUCAGAAAUAAAAAUUUGAAAGAUUUCAACAUAACUUUGAAAGUUCCUCAAGAAAGUCUCAAUUCUUUAAAUACCAAAGAUAUUUUAUCAAGGAUUAUUAAUUGCAGUGACGGAGAUGUUGAUAUUAAAACGUUGAGAGAACUUAGGACUCAAAUCCUAGGUGAGUUAAAGCAAACCGGUGGGAAUGAUGACAUAUCAGACUUAAUAUUAAAGUCAUAUAAAAAUAAAAAAAUAAAAGAGAAACGACAAGAAGAAAUAGAAGAGGGUGAGCUAUCCGAUAGUGAGAGCGAAGCUAUAGAAAACAUAUAUGGUAGCGUGGUUAUUGUUGAUGAAAAUAAAAAGACUGACAGUCAUACAGCUACUUCAAAAGAAGAACCCCGAAAAAUUCAAAUUUGUUUGGUUUUUAAUUCUGCUUUAGAUGAAAAAUCAAAACAAAAUGAAGAGGCUGAAAAAGCAGUAGACUCUUCCGAUUUUCAAAUAUACAGCGCGAAUGAAACCGAAAAACAAUUGCUUGAAGAACGUAAAAACGAAAUUUCCCAAAAACUUUUAAAAGAAAGUGAAUACGUAAAAGAACUUCUAAAAGAAGAAUCUAGUUCUCUAAACAAACCUGUUAGUCAGAUUAUAACUGCUGACGAUGGAGACGAUUUUAAUACUAUACAAGAGACUGUUAAAAAUAACCAUAAAAGGGAUAACAAAGAUGAAACUUUUCAAAAUAUUGCCAAUCUCAAAGACGUUUCUAUAAGCGAUAGUUCUAAACGCUCUACAAUUGUUGAUUCACGAAAUAAUGAUUCAGAUCAAAAGGACAUUGAAAUAAUUCAUUUAAAAGAUGAAUUAUGUAAAAAAUCAGAUAAUCUUACCAAUACAAUUUUAGAAUCUACAAAAUCAUUUAGAGCUAAUUUCUACAAACCUUUGAAUGAUGAAGAAACUGAAGAAAUUAAGAGCAGUUCCAGAGGCGAAACCGAAUAUAUUUCGAACAAGGACUGUGUGAACAUUGCAAACACUGAAAACAAUUCAUCAGCAAUAGUAUCAGCGACUCUUGAUCGACAAGAUGAUGCAGUGCAAAUACCUCUAUUAAAUGAACCAAGUGUAGAAGAAGCUAUUGCUGACAAAGAUGUCGUGUCUCAAAUAGACAUUCUUCAAGCGCUGAAAAAUGAGAUAUUAAGUGAAAGUAUGAAUAUACAAAGUCCUGAAAUUGAAACCCCGUCCUUACAUCAACCGAAACUCAUAAAAGUUUCAAAAAACGGAGACUUAAUGCCUAGAAAACGCAUAUCGAUUGAGAAGUACAAAGAAAAGUCGAUUCCAUCACCAUUCGUUUCUUUGCAAGAUAGUCGACUGUUCAUGUCGAAAGAGGAAAGUAAUAGAAAACAAAGCCUUAAAUUGACUGAUAAAGAAUGCGAAAGAUUCCAACUACCAGUGAAAUCAUUGGUUGAUAAUAUAAGUUCCGAAGAAGAGGAAGAACCUAGUGAAAUAACAACUGAUGAAAUUUACAGUGAUCUCGCACCAAAAUCUCCAGAUAACGAAAUCGACUUAAAUUUGGACCAAACCCAGCCUAUAAUAAUACCCAGUGAUCCCGUGAAGGUAGUAAAUCAUGAAAGUACUCAAUGGGACAUUGAUAUGCGAGAACUUCCUUUGAUAAGUCCAAAUACAUCAAAUAUCAAUUGCAAGCUAGCUACUUCUCAACACAGUGAUAUAAAACUAACCAGUAAUGAGAAGACAUCCACCGAUUCUAGAACUUGGGAUGAAAUUAACCAAACAAUAAAAGAUAGUCCUAAUUCUGUAAAUUCCGACAAACAACAAGGACCAUAUCCAAACGUCGUACACAAUUUACUUCCAAGUACACCAAGUAGAAACCCCAGUAUGACUCCAAAUUCUAGAACUUAUGAAAUGACUCCUAAUUACCAGCCAUUUGAAUCUGGAGAUAGUGAUUCUAGUCGUAAACACGUAUACGCCUCUUCAUUUGGAUUCUACGAAGGCAAUGACUCAAGAGGACAAUCCAAUAGUACACAUAACCUUUGGGGCAACGGUACAAAUAGACGUAAAUCUCGCUGGGCCGAGAACGAUGAAGUGUUCAGUAAACGGGAUGAGGAUUCCAGAGGGAGCAAUUCACAAAAGGAUUCUAGUUACAGUAUUUCUUAUAACCAUGAUAAGUACAAGAAAAGCGGAAAUCCAAAAUAUAAUCCAGAAAAUAGAAUGGAAAGCCCUCGACCAUUAUUAUCUUUAUUCGGACGACAUGAUGGUCCUAAUGUCAAUAAUUUUAGGAAGUUAGACCCGAUCAAUCCAUUAGGUUCUGACCUUAAUAGAUUGGAAUGCCCUUCGACCCCAAGUCAUCCGUUUGGCCGACUUGAAUGUCCAGGGACUCCCGCUCACUAUUUCGGUAAUAACGAAUGUCCUCAAACUCCAAUUCAUUCAUUUGGCAGGCCUGAGCCUCUCAUAAAGCCAGGGCAUCCGUUUGUUCGAUUAGAGUGCCCUUCUACGCCUAAUACUACAUUUGGUAGGGUUGAUUGCCCAAUGACGCCAACUCACUCGUUUGGUAGGACUGAUUGUCCUCCGAAUAAAAGCUACCCUUUUAAUCGCUCUGAUGCGUCACAUAGUAAUUUAUUCGGUAGAUCUGAAUAUGUUCAAAGUGACUUCAAUAAAACAUUUUCUAAAGACCCCAGACUAAAUAGAAAACAAUGGAUGCAAGAUACAAAUUCUAAAUAUAAUGACAGGGAACGAGGGUAUAAGGAUAGAGGAUUUUAUCAUGAAAGAUCUUAUAAUUCAUACAAAAUGUCAUACGAUGGGGCAGAAUCUUACAGACAUUACGAUGGGGCAGAAUCUUACAGACAUGAUAGAGAUCAGAAUUCGUUAAGAAAUGACCGAAACAGAUAUUCAAAUUUAAUUUAUGAUCAACCGUAUCGUUCGUCCUACUCACGGCGAGAAAGUGUUGAAUUUUCAAGAGAUCAUGAUGGCUUUUAUUCUAAAAAUCGCAAUGGCAAUUUAUAUGCAUCUAAUAGUCGAGCAAAAUCUACCGAAAGAGAAUCUAGAACUGAUUUUAACAGCGAACAAAAGACUGGAAGGCAUCACAUGAAAGAUAAUCAAAGAAAUAUCGAUUUUAAUUCUUCUGAUAAUGUAAUGGCUAUAAAGUCUUAUUCAGGGCGAUCGUUUACUAUUGAUACAAGUGUGAAUGCAUCUUUCCAAGAAUUUAUGUCGAAAAAAGGAUUACAAAUUAACGAGUCGUCUUUUGAUUCACGUAGAAAACGUGCGGCAAGUGUUGGUCGAGAUUUAGGAGCGUAUUCAACGACGUCGGGACGCGACUUGCGUGGUGAUAAAUCAUUAAUUCGUUCUGUUAAAUCCCACAAUGUUACUAAAAAUUUGUUUUCAACUCAGUCUAUUGAUACGAAAAAAGACCGAUUUAGAAGAGCUUCCAGUGUCGGUCGCGACACAGCAGGACGCGACGGUCCUAGUAAAACUUUCCAAGAAAUGAAAGAUCAUUUCGAACAAUUUAAAAAGAAGAUUGAAUUAAAACAAUGCCAAAAAACAGAAAUAAUUGAGGCUCGAAAAAGUGAAAAAGAAGUUUCUCCCAAGACUACACCAGAAAGAGUGUUACGUAGUAAAAAAGAUUCUUACGAAGAUCGUCGAGAAAAGUCAAAAAGUGGCAGCCUGCCUUACUCUCCUACAAAAAAUCGUAGGGACCCAAGAAUGCGUCGUGAUGAUAAAGACUACAAAAAUAAAUUACGGAAUGAGAACCGAUACAAAAAUACCUAUGGAAUUGUGUAUUCUAGCGAUAAUAUUGCGAAGGGUGCAGUCUUGGGUUCUGGAUAUGGUGUAAAAAAUUAUAAGAUUCCCAAAAUUAAAAGAGUUCCAGAGGAAAACGAGACGUUAAGUAAUGAAAACAAAGGAAAUAAAAGCGAUAUUGCCAAAAAAGACACUGAAACGUCUAAAAAAGAGGAAGUUACUCUGAAACAAAAGGUUAAAGACUCAUCUUUUUCUAAAGAUCUAAAAGUUAGUGAUUCUGAGGAUAGUACAUCAAGCAAAGAUACUCAGAUGACUGACAUGAUAAUAACGAGGUCUCGAAAGAAAAAUAUUAAAAAAGAAGAUCUUAAAGAUGAAAGUGAUCUUAAAGAAGAAGUCCAGUCAAAAGAUUUAAAGCAGGCCCUUGUUGAUAAUUCUGCUCCUGAAUCGGAAACAACUAUAUCAGAAAAACAAGAUAAUGAAUGCAUUCAGUCCAAAAAUCGCGAUGAAAAUUUUAAACAUAUCAAAGAACCCAAUAACGUUACAGAUAAUUCUAGCACUGGAUUUGGUUCAGAAAUCUUGGAUCUCAAUACAGAAAACAUUACGUCAGAUUUUGUUAUUGAUAGUAUUAAUGUUUUAAUAGCUAAUUCCUGUAAUGAAAUUUAUACUCCUAAAAAUGAAGAUACUGUUGAUUUCACUGAAGACAUUAUUUUCGAGAAUAUGCUAGAUAAUAUUACUGACUCUAAUCAAAUUGUAGAUCGAUCAUUUGAGGACAUUGACGAGGUAAUACGAAGAGAUUUGAAGAAAACUUCAGUAUGUGAAAAUGAAAAUGAAUUGAGCACUUCAAACAAAGAUAGUGAAAAUGCCGAAGAUCUUGAUUCAAUACAAAAACCUGAUGAAUAUGAACAGUCUUCCAUGAUUUCAAGUAAAAAUGAAUGUAGUAUAAUAAAUAAAGAAACUAAUAGUUUUCUGUUAUCCCCAAAAAACCAGAGUACAGUAGUAGUAGAAAAAAAUGAACUAAAUGUCACUUUAAAAGAGGACGAUAAUGCUAGCAGAGAUGCAAUCGUUUCCACUACAGAAGUUGAAGAAAAUAUUUCUAAAAUGGCACCACGAAACACAAAUGGUCAACCAGAUGAAAGUGACAUAAGCAAUGUUUGUUCUACGUCUGAUAAUCCAAAUACUGAAAAUUUGCACACUUCUAAAGAACAAAGCCUACCUGAUAGCACUAAUGAAGUCCACGUCGAUGACAAUUCAGACGUAUCGUCGUCACAUAUUGAAAUCAAUUCCAAAAGCUCUGUAGAGUCUAAUCAAAAACUAAAAGACACUGUACCGCCCAUUGACUCUCUUGGUAGUAUUCUGACCCUUUUACAAGAUAAAUCCAAGAUAAAGGAAUUGUUGACUAUGUUAGACGAUGAUUCAGCUGAAAACGAAAAGAUAAAAAAGAAACUUGAAAAAAUAAGCCAAAUAGUAUCCGAUGAAGACACGAAAGAGGAUGAGCCCAACAAAAACACAGUGAAAAAAGAAUCAGAGGACGCUGUUGAAGUGGGUCGAGACUUGAACAAAGAAAAAAAUGUCCUUGAUGCAACAUCUGUGACAGAACAUAGUGCUGAAAUAAAAAAUGAUGAGAUUGUAAAUGUGCCAAAAAUAAAUGAAACCCCCACUGCACAAUGUACAGAAAUAUUAAGCGAGAAAGAUAAAGAAAAUGAAUCUGAAGCUCUUACGAAAAAAGAAAGUAUUGAAACGACAGAAAAUGUCUCUGUUAAGAAAAAAAUCGCAGGAAAGAAAGGCAAGAGAAAACUAAGUAGGAAAUGGAAAUGGAAAAAACGAGUGACUAAAUCGAUCCCAGUAAAAACUGAAGUAACAAAGUCUAAAUUAAAGAAGCCUUCACGAGAACUGUUAAAACUGCGUGAAGACAUAAAAGAGAUGUUUACUAGCGACGAUGUUCUGAAUGCAACCGGCCUCAGAAUGUGUCGUCUAGCAAAAUUAGUUGACGAAAAACAAACCAACUCUAACGAUGAUCUGCAAGCUUCGAAAUCAUUAGUGCCACGAAAGCUUAAAGAAACGAAAGAUGAAGAACAACCCGUUGAAAAACCGACGAGAAAAAAACCAGGACCAAAGCCAAAACCAAAAAUAAACGAAGACGAAACUAAAUCAAGAAAAAUCAAGACAUUUGGACCCAAGUCCAAGACAAAAUUUGUUCAGAAACGGGAAAAUUUAGAUCCAUAUGCAUUUGAAUCAGAUUCCUUAGAAUCAAGUACCUUUAAGGGCAGUGAUGAUGAAGACUCUGGAAGCGAUCCUAGCUCCGAUAGCUCAUCUCAAAGUUUUGGCAGCACUGAGGCCCUUGGUGAGAUUAAAAAGAAAAUCAUACGUAAACGGCGUAAUGUUUCAGCAUCGAGUCUCCAAAAGAAAAAAAAUAAGAAACCAAAGUUGGAUGAAAAACAAACAGAUAAAACACUUCAUAAUGAAACUGCUGUAACUCGAAAAGCUACUAAUGUAAUGGACAAAGAGUGCUUUACCGAUACAUCAUACUGUUUUCAGAGCAAGUUGACUAUUUAUUCUUGCCGUUUGUGCGAGUAUUCCGGUGAUGAUAUCGUGUGCCAUUAUAAAAAACAGCAUCCGCAUACUGAAAUCCCCUUGUCCAGAAUGGAUCCAUUGACUACAAAGAAGGCAAUAGAACAGUGUGCUCGAAUUAAUUUCCAAAUAAUUAAACAAAUCGAAACUAGUAAGUAUGUAUGCAGAUUUUGUUCCAGGGAGUUCGCUAAGUCGAAGGGUAAUUUAGAAGCGUUUUUCUGGCACAUUGUUAGUAUGCACACCGGAGAAUAUAAGUUACCAUGUUCUGAAUGUGUCGAUAAGCCUUGUUCAUUCCAAUUGGAUAUUCCGCCACCGCCCACAGAGAACAAAGGCCAGCUUAUUGGAUACGUUUGUAGUAAAUGCAAUUUUACACAAAUAUCUAUAGAGAAUUUGAAGAUUCAUGUAGUCCUACGUCACAAUGAUGAGCACACUGAAGUCUUCACUGUGAAUCUCGCAUUACUCUCCAAUAAGGCGUUUUCUGAACUCUUGAAACAAUUGACGACGAUCGAAAGCGGAGCAAAUCAAAACGGUCAACCGAAUCGUGUUUUAAGAAGCACUCGUUCGAAUCAAAGUUUUGAGGUCUCAAGGAAGGAAGAUAGAGGCAAUGACGACGAGAACAGCAACGUUACCAUUGAGGACAGCGCGAUACCAUCCCCAUCUUUAGAUACCGUUCAAUCUGCGCGUAAGCAAAAAACAAAAAUGUCCGGUGGUAUCCAGUCAAAAAUAAGAUUUGAGAGCGAGGAUGCUGUUGAGUCUUUGGAGAAUAUCAAAAUAAAAAAAGAAAAAGACAACGUUGAUGAUGAAAUUUCGGCAACGCCUGCGGUGGAUGGUGUUCCGAGCUCUUCGCCUGUUGUUACGGAUUCACAGCUCGACAUGCCUUCUGCGGAUAUAGUCGUCACUCCCCAUUUCAAGAUUAGCUACAAAGAAUCCGGAGCUAAAGAAUACGUUUGUUGCAUUAACGGAAACAAUCAUUACAAAAUACCCCUUUUAAUCUCAUUGAAAAAGCACGUUCAGUUGAAACAUAAAGAACCAUGGGAUGGUUAUUGUUUCAUGUGCAAAGUAAUCGUUAUGUCUCAAGGUGUGCACCAAUUCAAGGAUUGUCUACAACAUUUCUUAGAUAAACAUGCAGAUGAUUUUCCUGUAUGCGAAGAAGCUCCUGAUAAAUCUACUCAAUCUGAAUCAUCGGAUAGUCUUCUAACACAAACGGAAACUAUUUCUGCCGUUUCUAAACCUUACAUAAACGUGCGACCUCUAGCGCAGCUGAUGUCGGGUCCGAUCGAGGAUACGCAAUGCAAAUCACCGCUGCCCGUAAUUGAGAAUGUUAUGAGUUUGGGCGAUAAAAGUGUUCCGUUACCUCAUUUCAGUCCUAAUUAUCCGAUAAAAAAUAUUAAGGAUAUUCCGAAAACGCCAGUCGUGGACUACGAAGAAUGGCAGGCGGAGAUUAUGACGAAAAAGCACCGUGUCGUGUUGGAAGCGAUGAUGGAUAGGGGCAAGCUGAUUAAAAUAUACAAAUGCGCUGGUCGUUUUUGUUCGUUCGCCUCGGAUAACGUUGAGGAGGCGUUGAUGCACGCGUCUACCCACCAGCGGAUGGGUGGCGAGAACGCGUUGUGUUGCUCGUACUGCGAUUUCAACACUUCGAAGAACGGGAUCGAUUUAGUGAUGCACGUGUUCAAGUCGCACGGCGCCUGUCAGUACUGUUGCGCGUUGUGCUUCUACAGGGCGGCGGCUAGUCAAUCCGUGGCCGCGCACAUUGCGAAAGCCCACAAAGAUGCAACAAAGAAUGGGAACAUCCUACACUCUGCAAACGUCUCGCCGAUUGCCGAAGACUCGUCCAAUCUGCUGUCACGCGAAGAAGCCGUUGCCUUCUAUUUAUGUGGCCAUUCCCAGACGAUAGGUGACGUUAAGACUACGUGCAGCUUCCGAACGUAUACUGCGGCAAAGUUUUGUGACCACUUAUAUGAACAGCACACGGCUCCUUACUCGUGUGGGAUUUGCGGUGAUCUGGUCACAACGGUGGCUCAAUUGGUGCAGCACAUGAAAGUUCACAAUAUGGGAAUGUAUCAGUGCGCGUGGUGCGUCUACGGAGCCGACUCGGAAACGGACAUUAUGUCGCACUCGUCGGGAAAACAUCCCUUCAAGCAACCGCAAGCUUACCUACGAGUGAUCACUAAUAAAGAUGGCUCGAAUGGAUACAGGGUUCUUCCGUUAGCAAAUAUGAGCCAAGGUAAAUUCAAGAUACCCACAGAGACUGUCACCCCAGGUCCCCCAGAGGAUCCCGUCAGAGAAGCAGAGAGAUCUUUGGACUUGGAGAAACUCAUCACGCACAUUGAUUCCGUUACACAGUCGCAACCUUCAAUAGAAGAUGUUAGGAACGAUGAGACAGAUAAUCUCACCGACACAAAUUCGGAACAGUAUGAACAAGCUCAAGUCGCCGGUCCAGUAUCGUGUUCACUCAGUGAAAAUGCUGAUGGUUCACUCGAGCCGCCUAUUGCUGGACCAGCAUCACCAGCACCACCAGUCGUUCCACCUACACUCAAAACGGAACCUCAGGAUGAACCGUCCCCGACGUCCUCCAAGGACGCUGAAGUCAUCUACUGCUUGGACAGUGACGAGGAGGAGGACACUUCGCACACCGCCGCUGAGACGUCGCCCCGACGGUCGUCGAUCGAAAGCAUCAGGAGUCGCUCGCUAUCGACGGCCUCCAACGCCGACUCUAGUGCCGAGGAAGACUACGUGAAGGUCCCAAAAGCAGAACUAUGUCGGUGUCCGUACUGCAAAUCCCUGUUUCGGACUAUGGCCGGGUUCAGGAGUCACGCUAUAGCGUGCGGAACGAACGCCAAACUCAAGGAUGUUCCGUGUCCACACAAGAGAUGCACAAAAGUGCUCUCUAGUGUUCAGGACAUUAUCUCCCACUACGACAUACAUCACAGACUACACGCUAUGGGUUCUUCGAAAACUUACAUGUGUGGGAUAUGUAAUCAGAGAUUCCUGACCAUGGUCACUACAAAGAAGCACGUGAGAUUACACCACAACACUGAAAAAUACGUGGUCGAGGUUAUCAGACAAGGGCUCGUUCAGGUUUACACGGUCCGGCCGCACGGGGCUACGGUGGCGGCGGACAGAGUACCCUCGAAGAGGAAGCUCUCGGUCGACGCGAAUAAAACAAAACGUUUCGGCCCUCAGGACGUGGGUCGAUUGCCAAUAAACCCCAUACUCGACAGCUUCGUGUUCUGUUCGCUGUGCGAGUUCAGCACCAAGGUGCGCCUGAAUAUGGUGCGGCACUUGCAGCUGCACGCCGAGCGGCAGUGCGUGCCGGAGACUCAGCCCGUCAACCCGGUGCCGCACUUGGAGACCAACGAGAAGCACUUCGACAGGAUGGUGAACCUCGCGUCCAGCUCCACGCUCAACCGCACCCCCGACAAAGUGAAUCGGCAGGACUCGGUCAGCGUCACUAUACCGGUCGAAGCGGCGACCCGCUACCCCAAGUACGUCCCGGAGCGACAGCGCUACGUGUGCGGCGCUAAGGACUGCACGUACAUAUCGCUGGACGAGGACAUGCUGAGGCGCCAUUGGGAGGCGCUGCAUCCGGAGUGCACGGACUACCUCUGCGCCCACUGCCCCCCGUUCCAGUACUUGGACACGACCAAGCCGCUGACGUCGGCGCGUGUCAUCGGCCACUUGAAGAUGCACGAAGCGACGCUGUACGCGUGCUCCUCCUGCUCCUACUAUCACUUCAAGCGGCAGGUGCUCGAGAAACAUUUGGACAGUCACAAAAACGCGCAUAUUAUAACUGUCAGAGAGGAGUCGUCAGUAACGUCCGGUGCGAUAAUGCCCCCAGCCGUGGCACCUACUAUGGACCUCAAGGCCUGGCAGUGCGGCCUCUGCCAGUUCAAAUGUAUGCUGCGACCAGAAAUCGUGGAGCACUGCUCGAAGCUGCACCAGUCCAAGAUGCAGUUCAAGUGCUGCUACUGCCCUUUCCGGACGUCAGACGUCGAAAAUAUCGUAAAACAUCAGAGCAACGCGCACCCUACCAAGGAAACGGACGUGUUCUAUUACUUUUAUAGGGAGGGCUCGUUGCCGGAUGACGCCGACGGCACUCCCAGGUGGAGGAAGCAGCAAGAGAGAAUGGGCGUGUGCGAACCCGAAAUAAAAAGUGAGGUUGGUGUGACGUCAACUCCGCCGCCGACAGGACUAGAGCCGCCGCGACCAGCCGUAGACCUGAACAUUGUCAAACAAGAAAUAACCGAAGACUCAAAUGACGAGAUCGAAUCUAUGGACCAACUGUGCAAGAUGUACGGCCAGUUCAGUGAGCCGAAUGGCAUCAAAUACAAGUGCUCUCUGUGCCGAGUUGUCUUUGAAGAUACCAGAGAAGCAAUGCAGUCGCAUUUAUUCGAAGAGUUGAAGUAUAGAAAAUGGGGAUGCGGAUUGUGCUCUUACAAGGCGUUCCACAAGCUUGGUCUGAACGACCACAUGACCUCCGAACACAGGAGCCACUAUCAGGAACCAAUACAACUACCGAAGAACGCCAAUAUCGAGAACUGGGUCCAAGGUCACUUGGAAUACCAAACGGACCUCAUCGAGCGCAACAAAGAGAAUUUGAAACAGCAGAAGGUACUGGUACCGAGGGCCGAGCCGAGACCUCUGGCCGCGCCGCCCGCGGAUGCUGCUGAGAAAGCCUUGGAGACCGAGGACUCUGUAAAGAAAUACACCGUUGAAGAUCUAGAGAAAACGUUUGGUAGCUUUUGUACUCCGUCUGAGAUGCAGUACCGAUGUCCGAAGUGCAACUACACGGUGAGGGAGGAAGCCACCAUGCGGGAGCAUCUGGAGGGCGAACUGUCCAAGAUACGAUGGUGUUGCAGUCACUGCGCGUCGCACUUCCAGACCUACCACGAGGCUCAGUUCCACUGCAAGAGUCACGCGGGUCAGGCCGCGCGGCCCGUGGAGGCGGCCAGGGACCCCGCCAUGCGCAGGGAGUGGGUCGCGCACGUCAUCGCCACUCAGAAGGUCUUCCUGCACCAAAGCACCCCCGCUCCCGGCCCUAGCGACGAAACGAAAACCGCCCUGCAACUAAUGGAGCCGGACGAGAACUCGCUGCUGGUGGUGAGGUACGAGGAACGCGUGCCGACGCCCGAGCAGACCCCGCCCGCGCCCCAGGACAGCGACGAAGAGAAGCUCAUCAUAGACGAGCCUAAAAUGCCGAAUAAAAACAAACCGAAAUCCUGUAAGCACUGCAGCUACUCCACUAAAUACUCGAAGGCGUUGCGGGAGCACACGCUACGUCACUACGGGCUGAAGCCCUACUCGUGCGGGUACUGCGACUACACGGGACACCGCCCCGCCCUCCUCGCUCACCUGGACCAGGCGCACCCGGGACAAAAGCACAGCAUUAGCUCCAUACAGGUACCAGAUCGACCGCCCCUCAAUUUGAACUUGAAGGUAUACGGUAAGAAGACGAUUGCCGACGAAGCCAACAAAUUGAUUUGUCUGAUUUGCGAGAAGACUGUCCUGGAAAAGGACUCGGAGACGCAUUUGCAUGAUAAUGCGGAGGGGCAGUUCGCCAAGAAGGGAGAUGUGGUCGUAAAGUGUGGCAUCUGUCUGGCCCUGCGUAAGGACGUGGGUUCGCUACAGGAGCACUACUCCGCAGCCCACGCUGGAGCCACUAUUAUCAACUAUGCCUACUUUAAGCUGCAAUGCGAUUCUAGGGACACUCAUCACUGCGACUACUGCAACAAACGCUUCCGGUUCCUGAUGGAUCUGAGGUCGCACCACAGCGCCGUGCACAGCACCCUCAAGUUAAAAUACACGACGACCUCCUCCCUCCCGCCUAACGAGGAGGUCGAGACGCUCAAACGCAAAACCAGCGAAGAGUCUGCCCAGCCGCCACCGAAGCGCGUCGCCAGGAAAUCUACGACCAAACUACCCAGAGUCAACGCUGUCGCUAGGAAAUCGACAACCAAACCGCCCGGAGUCGGAGACCAGCAGUACUCGUUCUAUGGCUCGAAGCCUCCCCCCGCGGACCAGUACGCCAACGUGACCACCAUGAUGUCGUUCUGCAACAGCCUCAUGCCGUUUACCGUUAAAAAGCUCAGAGAAAUCAUAAAAGUCGACCCUAAGGUCGUCCUCAAGGACAUUCGAAAUUGAGAGGCCAUUUUGUUGACAAUCAACUGCCAAAGGACUUUUUCAUAGUAUUAGAGCAGAGAACUGUUAUAAUUAAGUGAUAUUAUUUAUAUAAAAUAGAGAGUAAAACAUUUUACUACUUUCCAGUAAUUAUUCUAAAUACGAGGACUUUAUUGGGUCCUUCAUUUUAGGGCAGAGUCUGUGAUUGUGAAAUUAGUUUAAGUUUAAUUAAACAAAAAAAAAACAUUUAGCAUAUUAUUUAAUUUUGCAAGCAUUUAUAGAAUAAGGAACUGUCUUUUUGUUUUUUUUUUUUGUUCUCAAGACGAGGAUUUUUGUUUGUUUAAAUUUUAAUAGUUUAGUUUUUCAUUUUGUGUUUUAUGUGUCAUCCACGAAAAGUUUUAUUUGUCUCGAUUUAAAAUUGAAAUUGGAUGUUUUGGACAAGAAAAUGAUUAGAAACACUGAAUAGCAAAAAAAAAAUCAUUUUGUAGCUAUAUUUAUAGGCAGGAUGUAAAAUAUGCCAUUUGAUUACUUUCUAAUAAAUGUAUUCUGAUCA